AUGAUCAAUGAUUCCAUGGUGAGAGAGGCCGUCAUGAAAAUUCUUAAACCAAAUCCAAAACUUGCAGAUUUCAUCAAGGUCGAAUGUAGCAGGGGAUCAUGGAAAGGGAUCAUCACUAGGUUAUGGCCCAACACAAAGUAUAUCGAUGAAAUUGUGACAGGAACAAUGUCACAAUAUAUUCCAACUGUUGAUUGUUAUAGCAGUGGUCUCCCUCUAGUUUGCACAAUGUAUGCUUCUUCUGAAUGUUACUUUGGUGUAAACCUUAGUCAUCUAUGUCAGCCAAGUGAAGUCUCUUACACCCUUAUUCCCACCAUGGCCUAUUUGGGAUUUUUACCAGUGAAUUGGAAAGAUGGAGGCACUGAUUCCCACUCUGAACCAAGACCAGAAGACCCAAAAAGUGCACCACAGAUUAGAGGAACUCACAGAUUCUUUGAGGAUUGCUGCCUUACCAUGGAGGAAUCACUGAACAGUGUCUACCGACAAGGUCGUGUGUCCGAUAAAUCAAUUGGCCCAUUGGAGAUAAAGAUGGUAGAGAGUGAAGCAUCAAUAACCAGUACAAGGCACCACGAUGCAUGA